AUGUUGCUGGAGGAGUCGCUGUCUGAGGAUUUCAUACACUGCGCUGCGAGAUGUUCAAGCGGCUGGCAGGCGGCGUUGUUGAAGAUCAGUGGCGAGUUGAAACAGAAGCUGCAAGAUGCAGACUUCGUGGCACGCUGCUGCGAUGUGGAUGGCUCAGGGGACCUGGACGUGCAAGAGCUGCAGCGAGCGGCAAAGGUGUUUGGCUUCAGGUUCGAGCAGGAUAAGCUCCGGCGGUUGAUGGAUGGGCCGCGCAUCAGCAUCAAACGCUUCUCUGCCAUGGUGGACAAGCUUCGUAGAUCAGAUCGGCCGCAGACGCGAAGAGCAGUUCCGCACUCCCUGCGGGGCAUGGCUCUCGGUCAGUUACAGCACUUGGAAACUUUGUUCCUGCAAUCCGGCUGGCUUGCUGCACAGUGCGCUGCCUUCAACGCCCAGCACGCGCUGGCGAUUGAGGAGGGCGAGGAGUUCAAGCAAAGCCCCAAUCUGUAUGCGUUUGACGCUUUCGUGGUGACUCCUAUGACCAGGCCAAGCGGAUGUACAGCACGGGAACAGGAUGUUGAUCGGUCCAUCCCAGCUGCCACUGAGACCACAUCCUUCUCAGAGCUUGUGAACCCUUGGGGUCUCUACGUCCAUUGCUUUGUGUCUCACUUCUGGGGGCAUGAUUUUGGCAAUACGUUGACGGCUCUUAGCUUGUGGUCACAGGAUGUGCAGCUGCCAACUGUACAAGUCGGGAGCCCGGCACAGACCCCGGAGUCUUUGGUGUUUUGGAUCUGUUUGUUCGCGCUGAAUCAGCACGAAGCAGUUGAGGAGGUGGGAGGAAACCCCCAGCAAGGCCCGUUCAAUGCAGCCUUGGCGAAAGCAACUUAUGGCGCUGUGAUGGUUGUGGAUGAACAGAUCAACCCCUUCCGUCGCAUCUGGUGCUUAUUUGAGGUUUCACGCUUGAAGGACUUGCAGCGGCCUUUCGAACUGAUUUCCGCAAUGGGCUCGUUGUCUCGACCUGAAACCUUUCAAGAACACCCUGCUGCGGCUGAGAUGCUACAAAACACGGGCCAAGCCCUGUGGGAGGUGUCAGCCACCUCAGCUGAAAGUUCCAGGGCAGCAGACAAGUACCGGAUAUGGCAGGAGAUUUCUGACAAAUGCUGGAGGUCUGCCAUAGAAGCACAGGGUGCUAAGCACUUUUUUAUCGAGGCGAUGCAAAAAGGAAUCCUGCACAAAUACUUCUUGGACUUUGACCAUCAUGUUCGCUCGCUUCUCUCCAGCAGCAUUCUCAAGUUGCUGCUCGCCAGGGGUCAGCAUGCUUCAGCAGCCAAGUGCUGCAUUCAUGGAGCUGCUUUUAGCAGGGAGCAGCUUGAACAGAUUUGUGACAGCUUCCAGCUAGAAAGCGACCAGAAAGGUUGGCUAGGCCAAUUGCUCACCAGGGCUUCAGAUGAAUCCGUGGCAGAGCUGCUUUUGGAGCACGCUGCUGAUGCAGGUGCAGCCAACGAUUAUGGAAGCACCGCCUUGAUCUUAGCGGCGGCAGCCGGCAAGGAGGCCGUCGCCAAGCUCCUUCUUAAACAUGGGGCAGAUGUACGGGCAGCCAAUAAGCACAAACGUAAUGCCAUAAUGGCUGGUGCUUUUGCCGGACACGAAGCAGUCGUCAAGCUGCUGUUGGAACAUCGCGCGGACGUGAAGGCAGUAGACUUAAGUGGUCGCACAGCCUUAAUGGGGGCCGCUUUUGGUGGACAUCAGGCUAUAGUCAAGUUACUGCUCAAACAUUGUGCAGAUGCAAAGGAACUGAGCGCUGCUUUGAUAUCCGCUGCUUCGGCUGGCCAGGAUGGAGUGGCCAAGCUGCUUUUGGACAAUAGCGCUGAUGUAGGGGCAUGCCGCGUCGGCGGUCGAACAGCGCUCAUGGAUGCAGCCGUGGGUGGCCAUCCGACUGUGGCCAAGCUGCUGUUAGAGCACCAUGCCGACAUACAUGCAAAAGAUAACCGUGCUUGCACGGCCUUGAUGUUAGUACAUGCUGCUCGGCACAAACCGGAGGGCCAUGAGGCUGUAGUCAGGCUUCUGACGGCCAAUGAAGGAAGAUGGCGAAUUCGGGCAAAGAUCCCAUCAUGGUUCUGCUACUGUUCCUGA